UUCAGCAGUUGCCAGGCAACAAGUGUACACAGCACAAGAUCAUGGCCACUAACUACAGUGCUAACCAGUAUGAAAAAGCUUUCUCUCCCAAGUAUCUGCAGAACUGGUCUCCUGCCAAGCCAACAAGAGAGAGCAUCUCUUCUCAUGAAGGCUACACUCAGAUUAUCGCCAAUGAUCGUGGUCAUCUACUGCCUUCAGUGCCCCGUUCCAAGGCAAAUCCUUGGGGUUCCUUCAUGGGCACCUGGCAAAUGCCUCUGAAGAUACCCCCUGCUCGGGUGACCCUGACAUCCCGUACAACUGCUGGUGCUGCCUCCCUCACCAACUGGAUACAGAAAAAUCCUGAUUUACUCAAGGCCUCCAAUGGCCUGCGUCCUGAAAUCUUAGGCAAGCCCAAUGAUCCAGACUGUCAGAAGAAACUCAGGAAGAAGUGUAUCACAAAGACUGUACAACAAACACCAAGUCCAGCUAUAAUUCCAUGCUCCCCAGCUGCCAAACUCAAUUCCCCAGAUGAACUCCAAAGCUCACACCCCUCUGCAGGUCACACUCCAGGUCCCCAAAGCCCAGCCAAAACUCCUAAGAGCCCACCUGGAAGCCCGUUAGAACAGUGGGCAGGUCCUAAUCUAGCUGAGGUCCAGAAAUACAAACCUGGAACUUCAGAAGGAACCAAGGGGCCAUACUGAGAAAACCUGUCUAGAGAUGGAGUGAAUGAAGUAAACAAGACACCCUAGUCAGGACUGUGGAACAGGGAAAUCAUGGGGUGAGAGUAAAAGCAAAUUUGGAAAAUAAACAUUGUUUGUUGAAUCUUUUA